GACGGAAGCCCGACGCCAACGUCUCUUCAAUCCUCUCAACCCUCCCCCCCUUCAACCCCCCUCCGCCAAGGAUGCUCGUCCUCCCCGGUUCGUCGGCGAUCACGCCCACGCGGCGCACGACGCUCCUCGCCGCGCUGCAGGCUGUCCUGCCAAGCGUGACUGGCCUGGACGCCGUGCACCUGCACCUCGUGAACGCGGUUUCCGCCGACGCGGAGAAGGCGCUCGCGGAGGCUACCAGUGAGCAGCGCCGCAUUCUCGAUACGCUCCUCGCGUAUGGUGAUGACGAGCGCCUCGCCUCCACCAAGGCCUGGCUCACCGCCGCCACCAAGCCCCAGGACAUGCUCGCCGUGUAUGUUCUGCCGCGGGCCGGCACCAUUUCUCCGUGGAGCUCCAAGGCGACGGACAUUGCCAAACUCUGUCGCCUUGACAAGCACAUCAAGCGCAUUGAGCGUGGUGCUCUCUAUCUCGUGUCGGGCGCUGGCGUUUCGCUUGAGCAGCUGGGCUCAGCUCUUCACCUCAUCCAUGACCGCAUGACUCAGCUUGUUGCCACUGCCCUCCCUGAGUCGGCCACCAUUUUCCCGCCCUCGCACAAGCCUGACCCUCUUGUCACGGUCGAGAUCGUUGGCGCUGAGAACCCUCAAGCUGUUCUUGAGGAGGCCAACGUCCGGCUGGGACUCGCUCUGAGCCCGGAGGAAAUUCCAUACCUUGUCGAGUCGUUCGUCGCCGCUGGCCGCAACCCUACGGACGCCGAACUCUUCAUGUUCGCUCAGGUUAACUCGGAGCACUGCCGCCACAAGAUCUUCAACGCCAAGUGGACCAUCGAUGGCACUGACAAGGAGAACUCUCUCUUUGGCAUGAUCCGCAACACUGAGAAGGCGUGCAACUCCAACGGUACCCUUUCGGCGUAUGAGGAUAACGCUGCCGUUCUUCAGGGCUUUACCGCCCCCCGCUUCGCAGUUAACGGUGCCGAGGACAACGCGUACGCUGCCAACGAGGAGACCAUGCCUAUUCUCAUCAAGGUUGAGACGCACAACCACCCCACCGCUGUCUCCCCCUACCCAGGUGCAUCGACUGGUUCGGGCGGCGAAAUCCGUGAUGAGGGUGCCACCGGUCGUGGCUCUCGUCCUAAGGCCGGUCUUGCUGGCUUCACCACCUCGGACCUUCUUAUCCCUGACUUCAAGCAGGCCUGGGAGUCGGACAUCGGCCGCCCAGCUCAUAUCGCCUCGGCCUACGACAUCAUGAUUGAAGCGCCACUGGGCGCUGCGGCUUUCAACAAUGAGUUCGGCCGUCCCGCACUUGGCGGUUACUUCCGCACGUUCCUCAUGGAAGUCCCAAGCCCUCAGGGAGCCCCAGAGUGGCGUGGCUACCACAAGCCCAUCAUGAUCGCUGGUGGUCUCGGUAACGUCCGUGAGAAGUACGCCCGCAAGGACAAGAUCACCCCGGGAGCCAAGAUUAUCGUGCUUGGCGGCCCCGGCAUGCUCAUCGGUCUUGGUGGCGGCGCUGCCUCCUCCAUGGCUUCUGGCCAGUCGUCGGCUGACCUGGACUUCGCGUCGGUUCAGCGUGACAACCCAGAGAUGGAGCGCCGCGCCCAGCAGGUCAUUGACGCGUGCGUUAACCGCGGCUCGAAGGGUCCCGGCAACCCCAUCCAGUCUAUCCAUGACGUCGGCGCCGGUGGCCUCUCCAACGCGCUCCCCGAGCUUGUCCACGACGCUGGUCUGGGUGCCGUUUUCGAGAUCCGCGACGUUCUGGUUGAUGACCCGAACAUGUCGCCAAUGGAGAUCUGGUGCAAUGAGUCGCAGGAGCGCUAUGUUCUCGCUGUCAGCCCCGAGGAUCUCCCCGCCUUCGAGGCGAUCGCUCGCCGUGAACGCGCACCUUUCGCGGUUGUUGGCACCGCCACCGAGGAGGAGCGCCUGGUCGUCACCGACCGCCUCCUUGGUGACAACGUGAUUGACAUUGCCAUGUCUGUUCUCUUUGGCAAGCCGCCUCGCAUGCACCGCAAGGCGGAGACGGUCAAGCCCAAGCGCGACGCCUUUGACUCGUCCCUUCAAGCCUACGGUAGCGAUGCGACCUUGGAGACUGCCGUGGACCGUGUCCUCCACCUUCCCUCGGUCGGCUCCAAGUCAUUCCUCAUUACCAUCGGUGACCGGUCCAUCUCCGGUCUCGUCACACGCGACCAGAUGGUCGGCCCCUGGCAGGUCCCGGUCGCUGACGUUGCCGUCACCCGGUCGUCGUUCGGCUUUGACGUUGUCGUGGGUGAGGCAAUGGCCAUGGGCGAGCGCACUCCACUUGCACUCAUCUCGGCUGGGGCCUCCGCUCGCAUGGCCGUUGCCGAGUCGCUCACCAACCUCAUCGCCGCCUCCAUCCCCGAUCUUGCCAAGGUCAAACUCUCGGCCAACUGGAUGUCGGCUGCUUCCGCUGAGGGCGAGGGCUCGCGCCUCUACGAGGCUGUUGAGGCAAUUGGCCUCGACCUGUGCCCCGCCCUGGGCGUCGGUAUCCCUGUCGGCAAGGACUCGAUGUCGAUGAGCAUGCGCUGGCAGGCCGACGGGCAGAAGAAGGAGGUGACUGCCCCCCUCUCGCUCAUCGUUACCGCAUUCUCCCCCGUUGACAACGUUGAGCGCACUUGGACGCCCCAGCUUCGUACUGACGUCGGCGAGACCACCCUUGUCUUUGCCGACUUGGCCCGUGGGAAGCAACGUCUGGGCGGCUCCGCACUCGCGCAGGUCUUCAAGCAGCUCGGCGCUGAGGCCCCUGAUGUUGAGAACGCUGCUGAGCUGAAGGCUUUCUUCACCGCUGUACAGGCUCUGCACGGCAAAGACAUCGUCCUCGCCUACCAUGACCGCUCAGAUGGUGGACUGUUCACCACUGUCGUCGAGAUGGCAUUCGCUGGUCGCAGCGGUGUCGAGCUCAAUGUCGAUGCUGUCUCCAAGUCUGGCGACGUGGCCGCCGCCCUCUUCAAUGAGGAGCUCGGUGCCGUGUUCCAAGUCCGGACCAAGGAUCUCCAGGCGUUCCAGCACGCCUUUGUGCAGGCUGGCUUCCCCACCCAGCACCUUCACGCCUGCGGUACCGUUUUGGGCCGCGAGAACCAGCGGAUCUCGAUAUUGGCCAACGGGCAGGAGGUGUUCAACUCCACACGUGCAAAGCUUCAACAGGCGUGGGCUGAAACAUCGUACCGCAUGCAGGCCGCGCGCGACGAACCCACUGGCGCCAAGCAGGAGUUUGACGCAAUCCUUGAUGAUGCGGACAGUGGCAUCCUCUUCGACAUCACUUUCCCCUUCCUGCCCGAUGUUGACCGUGCCAUCACUGCGCCUCCUAAGGUAGCCAUUCUCCGUGAGCAGGGUGUCAACGGUCACAUCGAGAUGGCAUGGUCAUUCCACGCGGCCGGCUUCGAGGCUAUCGACGUCCACAUGUCGGACAUCAUCAGCGGCAAGCUCCAGCUGUCCAGCUUUGCUGGUCUUGCCGCUUGCGGUGGUUUCUCAUACGGUGAUGUUCUUGGAGCAGGCUCUGGUUGGGCCAACUCGGUGCUGUUGAACCCCGUAGCACGCUCCGAGUUCUCGGCCUUCUUCGCGCGCAAGGACUCCUUUGCCCUUGGUGUUUGCAACGGCUGCCAGUUCUUCAGCCAGCUGCACGACAUCAUCCCUGGCACCGAGGCAUGGCCUCUCUUCAAGGCGAACCGCUCAGAGCGCUUCGAGGGCCGCGUUUCCACUGUCAAGAUUUCGGCUGGUACCACUUCAGUCCUCCUUUCAGGCAUGGAAGGCUCAUCGCUUCCCGUUGCUGUUGCACACGGCGAGGGCCGCGCCGACUUUGCCGAGCACGGUGACCUCAAGGCGCUCAACGCUGCCAACCUGGUUCCUGUGCGCUACGUUGAUGGAAACGGCGCUGUCACACAGCGGUACCCGCUCAACCCCAACGGGUCCCCCGAGGGCAUUGCCGCGGUGCAGACACCAGAUGGUCGCGUCCUCGCCAUUAUGCCCCACCCAGAGCGUGUUGUCGCCGCAGAAUCGAACUCGUGGUUCCCUGCCGACAAGCGCGGCGAGUGGAAGGGCAAGGGUCCUUGGUUCCGCAUCUUCCAGAAUGCCUACUCGUUCGCCACCAAGGCAUAAUAGGCCUCGCGCCGACCGCCACUGUGCCUACGGCGUGGACAGACAGUUAGUAGGAAAGGAUCUUGUUUUUCCGGUAUGCAUCUCGUUUUCGAUUCCG